AUAUGGCCUCAUAAUGUUGCGUAGGGUCCUAACAAAGUGACGCCAACUAAUAAGCAUUAAACUAAUUUAUAACAGAAUUCAAUAAAACACCAAACAUGCUUUAAUCCAGCAGACACAAACACUACUCGGAACCCUCCGUUCAGCUAAAAUCGCCUCUUAUUAAUUGCUCUAUGUUUCAAUUUCUCAGAUUUAUCCAGAGAUCUUGAUUUAUUGCAAGUUGAACAAAGGAGAUGAUAUGGGCAAUACCAACGCAACCGCCAUUUUAACAGAAGAAGAAAGCUCAAAGCUAGGAUCCAAUGGAAUGUCUCCGUUUGGAUCUGUUUCCGUAGAGACUACGCAAGAUCAGGUGUUUCUUGCAGGUGAAGGUAAACAUGGAGAUGAAGAGAAGGAGAGCUCAAAGCUAGAAACCAAUGGAAUGUCUCUAUUGGACUCUGUUUCCGUAGAAACGCAAGAUCAAGUUGCAGGUGAAGGUAAGGAUGGAGAUAAAAAGAUCGACAGCUCAAAGCUUGAAACCAAAGUAAUGUCUCUUUUGGACUCUGUUUCCGUAGAGACCGUACAAGAUCAGUUGUUUAUUUCAGGUGAAGGCAAAGAUGUAGAUAAAGAGAAAGAGAGCUCAAAGCUAGAAACUAAUGAAAUCUCUCCAUGGGAUUCCGUAGAAACCACUCAAGAACAUAUGUUUCUUGCUAGUGAAGAAAUAGAUGGAGAUACAGAGAAAGAGAGCUCAAAGCUAGAAACCAAUGGAAUGUCUCCGUUGGACUCUAUUUCCGUAGAUACCAGACAAGAUCAGUUGUUUCUUGCAGGUGAAGUAAAAGAUGGAGAUGGAGAUGAAGAGAAAGAGAGCUUGCCUGAAGAAACAGAACCACAUAGCAAGGACUCAGUCGAUGAAUCGAAAGUAAAGAAUUUCAAAGAAGAGAUAGACCAGAGUGGCUUGGAGAGCUUUGUAAUGGAAACCGAUGAGAAGCUCCAGAAACAAACAUCAGUUGCUGAAGGUUUUGAAACUCUGAGUCAAGCGACAGAAGUGGAAGAGUUUUCUGUGAUUGGAACUCAACGUGUUGUGAGAAAUUCGAGAGAGUCUGAUAUUGAAGAGAAGCUCUGUGUGAUUGAUGAGAUGGUCUUUGAAUCUGCAAGCUUUAUUGAACCUGUUGGAACUGAAGAAAACAUGGUGAAUGAGUCUCUAGACGAAAUUGUUCAUUCAGAGGAAGUUGCAAAUCGUGAUCAAGAGACUGGUAUGGAACAGAGAACAGGAAGGCAAGGGUUUCCUGAAAGCGAGCCACAGGAGAUUCUGAAUGUCGACUAUCGUGUUGUCCAUGAUGAGGAAGUUGCAGAUGAAGAAAAAGCCGAUAAGGCGAUCUCUAACAGUAAACCUGGUUCACAAGAGUCAAAUGCUAUUCAAGAGACCGAUCUUGGAGUUUCUAUGGAAGACAAGGACAAAAGAGAAUCAAGCCUAAAACGUAUGUCGCGAUGCAGAUCGCUCCCUGUGAGCCAGAAUAGUAGAAGUAUCGGGGAUUCGCUGGUUCAACAGUUAGUUUCAGAGGUUGCGUUCCCUUCAAGAAACAAGAUGGGUUUAGAGAAAGCUAACACAUCUGAGACUCUGCUCAUUUCUUGCGUAGAAAGCAACAAAGCGCAAGAAACUACUGAAAGCAAUGAGAUGCGAGCUCCUAGCUUCGGUCAUGACCGAAGAAUCGAAGCAAGAAGCGAUGAAUUGACAGAGAAAAAUCCAUUGAUCUGUGAGGACAAGACUGAGAUAUACGAGGCAACAAUCGACGUGGAAGAGAAAACUGUGAUGCUGAAGAGAAGUGAUUCUGUGAAAUCAAGAGGCAUGGAGAUGUCUCUAGGGUCGUUGAAGAAACACAAUGAUAGCUUCAAAGAAACCAAGGGCUCAGAAGAUAACUUGGUGGACAUUAAAGCUUCAUCGGGUUCUAUGAAAGGCAUAGUCAGAAAACGGAGCAAAUCUUCGGUCUUAGGAACAUGCCUUUGUUGCACCACUGCCAUGAAUUAAACAAAUUAUUUUGUGAUUUGAUGGUUUUUUUUCUUUUCUAAAUUAUGGUUUUGAGAAAUUGGGAGGAAACAAGUACGUGUGGAUUGGGUUUUCUGUAUACUUGAAAUGGGCUUUUCUGUUUGAGGGGUUUUGGUAAAGUUUU